CGGCAGGGCAGCGCGGCCCUGCCACAGCAGCGGGAGGCUGCGGUCGCUCCCCGCCGGCUCCUCCGGUGCUCCCCGCGCAGCCCGGCCCUCACCGUACCCUAACCGUACCCUCACCGUGUCCUCACCGAUAAAAAUGGCCUCUCGGCGGAUCACACGGGAGACGUUUGAUGCUGUAGUGCAGGACAAAGUUAAAAGGUAUCGCAUGGACCGGGGUGAUGCCAUAGAAGAUACAAUCCAUCGUUUUAAAGCUCGUUCAAGGCCAGUCCCAAGACCAAGGUACGACAACAGCUUUCAUGAUGAUGGAAGAUAUGCUCACGACAGCGCUCAGCACCAUCCACAUGAUGACUGGAGUGAAGACCCCAGGGAUGACUACCCAGGACCUUCCUAUAGGACUGCCAAUCCUCUUGUAAGGAAAGACAACUACUACCAUGAACAGUUCGGCCGCCCAGCAUCCCGUGACCGGGAAUUUGGCCACCCAGCAUUCCAUGACCGGGAAUUUGGCCACCCAGCUUCACACACUCGGGAAUACCGGCGUCCAGCUGCACGCAAGCGGGAGUUUGGGCGCCAAGCAUCUCAUGACCAGGAGUACAGGCGCCUGGCUUCCCAUGACCAGGAAUAUGGGCACCCAGCUCCCCAUGACCGGGAGUAUGUGGGUCUGGCUUCUCAUGACCAGGACUACUGCCCUCCUGACUCCUGGGACUCCACUGGGCCACAUGAAACUGAUUUUAGUUCUUCAGAAAUUUUAGGUGAUUUUAGGUCACCAGGACUCAUGGAAGAUGAAUAUGGCAAUAUGGAAAAUCAGGAGUAUGAUGUAGACUUUGGAAUUCAAUCUGACGGUGAGUUCCGACCCCCAAUUCGCAGGGGCAACAGUGGCAGGGGAAGAGCUCUGCGAGGAAAGCGUAUUGCAAGGGGUGGUGUAAAAACUAAAGUAUUCAAAGGAGAGAUCAAAGCUCCCCACAAGAAGUGGAACACUAAAAAGCUGCAGCCAGACCUCGAUCAGACACUAGCUGAGCAACCUGAGCCAGAAGCUGCUGAGCGACCCAGCCAGAGGCUAGUGCCAAUCCAGCACCCCAUUCAGCAGUUGCCUCCACAACCUAAAAGGCCAGCUAUAACAACCCAGAGACCUAUUCUCAGGCUCCCAAAGCCUGCACAUGUUUUCAGAAAUCUCAAUUUUGACCUAGUGGACAAAUCAGACAUUUUUUCAACAUUUGGAAUAGAAAUUAUCAAGUGGGCUGGGUUUCAUGCCAUAAAAACUGAUGCGGAGUUUGCCCGGCUUUUCGGAGCUCUCUUUGAGCUGGAGACAGAAACCUGUGCAAAAAUGCUUGCCUCCUUUAAGUGCUCCUUGAAGCCAGAACACAGAGAUUAUUGUUUCUUUACUAUCAAGAGUUUACAACAUGCUGCUCUCAAAACUCCCAAAGUGGACAAUGAGUUUUUAAACAUGCUGUUGGACAAAGGUGCUGUGAAAACAAAGAAUUGCUUCUUUGAGAUAAUCAAGCCUUUUGAUAAAUACAUAAUGAGGCUCCAGGACCGCCUCCUGAAAGGCGUCACUCCGCUGCUGAUGGCCUGCAAUGCCUAUGAGCUGAGCAUCAAGACGAGUGGGUUUGGGAAUCCCAGAGAAAUGGCAAGUGCUUUUGAGACCACUGUUUCUCUCUGUCGUAAGUCUUUAGCACUUCUGGGGCAGACCUUCGCCUUAGCAUCUGUUUUCAGGCAAGAGAAAAUACUUGAGGCUGUAGGGCUCCAAGAAAUGGCUCCAGCACCAACGUUGUUCCCAAACUUUGAUGAUUCAACGUUGUUUGGAAGGGAGUACAUUGAAAACCUGAAGGCUUGGUUGGAAAAGAGUGGAUAUCCCAUUCAGAUGAAAAAAACUGAGCAGGAGUCCACAGAACCGCUUAUAAAACCCUCUCCUGAUCUGAAAGUCCCACAGCGAGCCGAUCGAAAGGUUGUACAGACAAUUGAAGAGCUGGUGACCAGCAUUGUGUCAGGAACCUUGUCUGCCAAAGAGAGGACUGCUCAGAAGAGCUGCCCUGAGUAUUGGUUCUUGUCUGAUGAAGAUAGUCUGGAAUACAAGUAUUACAGACUCAAGUUAGCAGAGAUGCAAAGGCGGAUGUCACCUGGCACAGAAGUGGGUGUGGAGGGCAGAACACUGGAAGGCUCUGCAGCAGAAGCCGUGCGGGCCAUGCUCUAUGCCAGGAAGGUGGCAAGCAUUAAGAGAAGGCUGUUUAAAAGAAAAAGGCUUGGGAUCAGCACACAGCGCGUGGCUCGAGGAAGGAAGGGGAAGAGAGCAUCCACAGGGACACAGACUGUGCUUUCAGCUGGGACGGUGCUGAAGCACCAGGACAAGCAUCUUCAAGGUUCAGUCCAGACAAAGCCUUCUGCCUCAGAACCCAGCCUGGGUGAGAAGAGCUCUUCCCUGGAUGCCACCUCACCCUCACAGUGUGCCGCCGGUUCGGAGGUGUCUCUGCCAGAAGAAGAAAGGGCAGAUUCUGAGGGUUUCUCAGCACCACCUGACCUCCUCCCACCGUUGCCCUCUCAGUUUCCUGAUGUGGAUGCUAAAACAAUGGAAACUGCUGAGAAACUCGCUAAGUUUGUUGCUCAGGUAGGACCAGAGAUUGAGCAGUUCAGCAUUGACAACAGCACGGACAACCCAGACCUUUGGUUUCUACAGGAUCGAAACAGUUCAGCCUUCAAAUUUUACCGAAUGAAAGUCUAUGAGUUAUGCCCAUCCAUUAACUUCAGUGCUGUGUCAGAAGCAGCUGAUGGUGGGGAGAGUGCUAAACCUGAAGAGACAAAUCUAGAUAUUUUGGAAGAGGAAGAGGAUGAAGAAGAAGAGGAGGAAGAAGAUAACGAGGAGGAAGCUGAGUUUGAGGACGAUAUCUCCCAGUCUUUGGAAGGAAUGGAUAUGGAGCAAGCAGAGGAGGGUGAAGAGGAUGACGUGUCAGCAGGUAGAAGUGUGGAAUACCUAGCUGAAGAGAUGAUUUCCAAACCAGGAGAGGAAAUGUCCACAGGUGAAGUGCAGCUAGCCACAUCAUCUGAUGGUGCUGUACCCAAUCUGUCGACACAGGCGUCCACUCCUGCUCCUGGAACCCCAUUUCCUCGCAAACGAAUCAGCAGCAAGUCUCUGAAAGUGGGUAUGAUUCCGGCAUCCAAAAGGAUUUGCCUCAUAGAAGAACCAAAAGUGCACGAACCUGUCAGAAUUGCUUAUGAUAGGCCCCGUGGUUGCCCAGUUAUAAAGAAGAAGAAGAAACCCAAAGAUUUGGAAUUUUCACACAAGAAGCUGACAAACAGGAAUGUGGGUUUCCAGAUGCUUCAGAAGAUGGGCUGGCAGGAAGGACAUGGCCUUGGUUCACGAGGAAAAGGAAUCAGAGAACCUGUAAAAGUGGGUGCUACCUCUGCAGGGGAGGGCUUGGGUGUUGCAGGGGAAGAAAAUAAAGAAGAUGCAUUUGAUGUUUUCCGUCAAAGAAUGAUACAAAUGUACAGGCAGAAAAGAGCCAGUAAAUAGAGCAUUUUAAGCCAUGAGCAGGUGCAGUUCAUGUGGCUGCAGAAGACCCUGAAGAAAACACUUGGAAGUCAGCUAUUCAGACAUCAUCUGGAAGUGGAUGAUCAGUUUUAUAAGACCAUCAAUUUAGAGAGUCUUUUUUUUUCCUUUUACACAUUUGUUCUGCUGAAGUUCUGUUAUUGAAAAAUCCCAUGACCUAAGACAAAAAAAGCUUGUACUUUCAAGGGACUAUUCCACAGCUUCUUGAAGGUGAAGACUGGAUUAAUCUACUGUGCUUCAGCAAAAACCAUUACCUGACUGCUUGGUGAAGCAGCUCUGAAGAUGAGGAAGAUUUCACACUGUUACCACAAAUAAAGAUUUGAGGUCUGAUAUUCAUCUUUGUCUGACUUGCACAUCAAUAAGGGAUCUGUGACUGGACUACUGAGAGAAUUUAACAGUGCACUUGUAGUGUGUUCAUUCGCCAUCAGUAGGCAAAACCCUUCACUUGAAUGUUAUAGUACCAAAACCUACUUUGCUGAAGUUUUCUUGAAGAGAGUUGAUCUUGAGCUGAUGCAUGUCUUGCUUACUAGCAGUGGGUGUUUGUCUUGCUGAUGUUCCCAUCCCACACCAUGCUUCUUGCAGAGCACAGAGCUUGUGGUCCACCACUAAUAGCACCCCCCAGUCCCGUGGCAGCACCAUGCACUCCUCACUGACAUAUAUGCAAGAAACUGUUCUUCAGUUACCAGCUUGCCCGUGCCUGCUGUUUAAGGAACAAAAUCAUACUCUUUCCCCAUUAAAACCCCUGUUCGUUGAAAGGGAAUGUCUUCAUUUUCAUUCAAUAGCAACAAGCUUUUCCUUGUAACAACCAGUUUUAGUUUUGAAUGCAAGUUUGGGUUUUUUUUUCUUUGUGGGCCUUUGAAACCAUAAGAAACAAUUGUGUUGCAGUGUAAUUUUCUGAUCACUCUGGUUUUGUUGCCUUGAAGCACAUCAUCACUGAAUAAAACCACACUGGCUGGUACAGAACAAUACAUUGGUGGUUCUGUUUUUCCAUGAAUAUCACACAUGUCUUCACCCUUUAUAUUACAAGUUGAAGCAUGAAGGAUAUAAAAAAUGAGUCUAUCUGACUUGCUUAAGGACUUUUGAUAGCCCAGCCAUUUCCCAUAGGCUUUACUUAGAGAUGUUUAAAAUCCUCAAUCAUUUUGGAGCACAGGCUACUUGAAAGGUCUCAGUUACAGUCCUUGGCAAUGGAUGCUUACUUAAGCUCCUAUUUGGGUGUUCUUUGCUGCCCCUCUUUCUUUCCCCUGCCUAAUACAUGGUAAAACUUGAGCAUUUCAAAAAGGAGCUCUGUCAGUCACAGUCUGGUUUAGAAUGGCACUUGAACCAGUGGCACUGGCCUCUGAUUUACUUCUCAGACCCACUCAAAAGGCUUCAGCUUUUCUUUCCGUAUCACUGAUGAGGCUGCCAGUGUUGCCAUUCCCUGCCAACGUCCAGUUCAGCUCUUCUUUUGCAUAUCCAUUUUGGAAGGACUCUUGAUGCCCGUUCUGCUGUUUGCAGCAAGGCACGAGGUGGAGGUUCGCAGCAGGUUUCAACCUCUCGGGGCCAGGUCAGCAUUCUGCACUGCUCUGGUGCUAACCCACGUUUGGUGGGCAGAGGUUGGGGUGCAUUUGUGAAACACCUCACCCAGGCUGGGAAAUGGUGCUGUCCUUUCUGAGGGCAGUUCAAUUUACUAUAAUGCUGUCCUGAGAAUGAACGUGAACACUGGGAAAAUCUGAAUCUGCUGCCGUGGAUGACUGUUGUAUGGGCUGUCUUUCUUGUGCCAAACUUGGAUUUUGGACAAGAUGCCAGCAGAGAGUACUGGUGCUGAGAUUCCAGUGUUGCUCUCAAGUGGGUUACCCUUUGCCACUUUUAUCUUGUUUUCCCAAGACCUUACGCUCCUUUUGCCAAAGAAAUUCCCUUUAUUUUGACCUGCUUUUGCAGGCUGAUUAGCAAAUUUGAAAUACUUGUACAUGUGAAACAUUUGUUAUGCAGAUGCCUUGCCUUGUUUCAAGUUUACUAGCUUCUUUUCUGUUAUUUUAGUUCCAGGCUCUCUUCCAUGAAGACUGCAAGCUUCAGUGAACAUUUUAACUAACUUCAGUGGUGUGUCUACUGUCUUUUGGUUGGUUCUUUUGCCAUUAAUCUUGUAGAGCAAUUUGCUAGUUUCUGUUCCGUGCGAGUUGGCAGUAGUGCUAAGCUAGUAAGAACUACAUAUUUAUGUUACUGGAUAACUGACAUUUCUUCCUAGUGUAAGUAGACAUGUGAGCAUUGUUAAUCUUUUAAUAUCUGCAAUAAAUGUAGAACUAAACGACUUCUGAUUUAAAUGUUUUGCUUGUGAAUUUGGCCAUUUGUAAGAGAUAUGCAUCACUUUGGCACUAACAAGUGGAAUUGAGAUUAUGCAGUGUUAUGUUAGUGUAAAGCAGGAUUUUAUAGUGUAUGAGGGAAGGAAGGUCCCUCUGUUUCUGUGCUGCUAAAUGUCUCUGUAGAGAAUGCCCUCUAAAUCAUUUCUCAGUUGGUUUUUCAUGUGGCUUCUAGGGCAUUAAAUCUAUCCUCGACAGUGUUACUCCCCACAUGAGCACCCAAAUGGUCAUGCCCCAGUCAGAAUGUGAGAGUUUUACCCUUUAUUCCCAUGUCCCAGGAAUUACUUGUCUCUGACUUUCUCCGUGGACUGACUUUCACAGAGCAGAGCUUUCUCUUGUCAUAUGUGUGGUUUACUGUUGCCUUUCAAUUCAAAUUCCUUUUUGAGACAGGAUAUGAGGGGGAAAAUUGCACCGAGCUGAAAUGUAACACUUGUACAGCCAGCCGCCUUGUGUUGAGAGGUAAAGCGAGAGCGGGCGCUUGGGAAAGACACCAGCCAGGUCUCCUGUCCCUUGCUUUUAUACUGACAGCUAGGAAAGGCAAGUUCUACCCCUGGCUACUGCUUUUUCCUUCAGAAAGUGGUUAUAUGUGAGGACCUGGUUCUAAAGGAAAGGACGUUUGCUCUCGCUGGAGUGAAAUGAUAUCCCCAUUCUGGGGAGGUGGCCUAACAGUAGAACUACAGUCAGUAAUAUGCUGUUUGGAGUAAUUGUGUUGGAUUAAUUGAGAUGUUUUCUCUUUGGGGUUUUUUUGCCUUCAAAGGUUUUUUUUGUUUUUUUUUUUUUUUUGCUGUAGUACCAGGGACAUUUUCCUAUUUAUUUUGGGGAUUAUUUUGAAGAAGACAACUCCAGCAUCCUUAGUGUGAACACUUAAUCUGUGCUGAGAUGACUGUUCUCUAAAUCAAUGUGCCGUAUAUUUUCUAUUGAUAUCCCAUUCUGCUUUAAAGUUUAUCCUGAUGUAUCGUGCCCAGAGCAAGUCUGGACUUAGAAAUUCAAAUGUUAUUUGAGAUGGUUUCUAUCCUACAAGCAGGUGUAUUUUCUAAUUAAAAAGGAAGUCCUGAAAGUCCUGUACCAUCUUGAAUCCUGCAUAUCUCAUGACUGAGUGGCCAAUCACAACCAGACUGUAGAUUUGAGCAAUAAUAAACACCUUAAAUGAGAAUAUGCUCAAACAAGAGGGUACUCUUCUAAAACGAAACAGUUUUCUGUGAACCUUGUCAAGUAGGAAACUGGCUGCAUUGCAGCAAGGCUGGAAUCUGUUUGCAUUAUCUGUGGGCAAUAAAGUUACUGCUGUUUAAGAAA